ACUUGACACUACACGUUGCUGUUAAAUCCAACGUCACCUUCAGAAUUAUUCAUCAGUGAUUGUACAGUGGCGACGUAACCCGGCAUUUCAGGAAACGGGCAGACAGCCGGCAGGCAACAGGGUUUACAAAUGGCUUCACACUCUCAGAACGACGUUACAGACGGCUUUUGCAAAGAAUUCCAGUCUUUUGCCACAAAUGCGAUACACGUUGGUCAGGAACCGGAGCAGUGGAAGUCAAUGGCUGUUGUGCCGCCUAUAUCCCUGUCAACCACGUUUAAACAGUAUGGUCCAGGAAACCAUGCAGGGUUUGAGUACAGUCGAAGUGGAAACCCAACAAGGAAUUGCCUUGAGAAAGCAGUGGCUUCCCUAGAUGGAGCCCAGCACUGUCUCGCUCUAGCCUCUGGCCUGGCUGCCACGAUGACAAUAACGCACAUGUUGAAAUCAGGAGAUGGGGUUGUGUGCAUGAAUGAUGUUUACGGAGGAACCAACCGAUACUUCAGAAAGGUAGCUGCUGAAAUGGGUAUAGAUAUCUCCUUUGCGGACUGUACGAAGCCUCAAGUUUUAAAAGCAGCCCUUAAACCAAACACAAAGUUGUUGUGGAUCGAAACCCCAACCAACCCCACAAUGAAAGUUGUGGACAUCAAAGCCUGUGCUGAGAUUGCACACCAGCACAAUAAGGACAUUGUUGUUGUCGUGGACAACACAUUCAUGUCAGCUUACUUUCAGCGCCCCCUGGCCUUGGGAGCUGAUAUCUGCAUGUACUCAGCAACGAAGUACAUGAAUGGUCACAGUGAUGUCGUUAUGGGUCUGGUCUCUGUUAACAGGGAAGACUUGUACGAACGACUGAAGUUUUUGCAGAAUGCUCUUGGUGCUGUGCCCUCCCCAUUUGACUGCUACCUGUGCAACCGGGGCCUGAAGACCCUCCACCUGAGGAUGAGGCAGCACUUCAAGAACGCUCUCGCCGCUGCAACCUUCCUGGAGGCUGACCCCAGGGUGGACAGGGUCAUCUUCCCAGGUCUCCCAUCCCACCCGCAGCAUGAGCUGAUGAAGAGGCAGUGCACCGGCUGCCCUGGGAUGAUCACCUUCUACAUAAAGGGCAAUCUGGAGAACGCCACCACCUUCCUCAGCAACUUGAAGUUGUUUGCACUUGCCGAAAGCCUUGGGGGCUAUGAAAGUUUGGCAGAGCAUCCGGCGAUCAUGACUCAUGCAUCAGUGCCAGAGGAGGAGAGGAUUGUUCUGGGCAUCAGUGACACCCUCAUCCGCCUGUCUGUGGGCCUGGAGGACGACCAGGAUAUUAUUGAUGACCUGCGCCAAGCCCUCAAUGCUGCUCAUCCAAAGCUUCCCAAGAAAUGAGCUUCACCCACGUGCGCAGGGCUGACCGUGCUGGAUGGAUUUUCCUUUUGCACGUUCAUGCAUAUUCAGAGGAGCCCUUCUAUGAAAUACGCACAUAAUGCACGUAUAUGGGAGCUCCUCUCAAUAAACGUAUGCCUUCUUUAAUUCACACAUUUUACAUAUAUAUAUAAUAUAUAAAAAAAAAAAAACAGGGCUACUAGGGUAUGCAUUUUCUUAAUUGUGUAUUUUUCGUUUAUUAUGUUGCAUCUGUCUUAAAUAGGGUAUUGUAGGUCCCACACUAGAAAAUCUGGUCUGUAAAAACAGUUAGUCUGACUAGUUUCACUUGUCAUUUCAAUAUGACUUUUGUCAUAAAUUAGUAUAAUUACCUCAAGGGUUGGGUAUUGGCACAAAUGGUUUGGUUUGAUUACGUUUUGCAAGUUUUCAAUUCGAUUACCAUGCCAAAUUGAUUUGAUAGGAACGAGAUAUGAAAUGUUAUAUAGCAGCUUUCCAUAUUUAGAGUGAAGUUUAAAAAGCUCUAAAGGGAACAUAAUCGUACAAAUGCGCUGGAAACCGAUUGGCCUUUUCUUCAGUAGUUUUUACAAAGACUUGAAGGCUGCAUCAAACGCUCUAUUUGAGCCACACAUGGGUAUAACUAUAAAGAAAUGUAAUAAAAACAAUAAUUGACUAGCCAAGCAUUUUGCUCAAAAGGAUUGCUCAUGCCAUGUCUUACAACAAUCAGGUUACUAAAUGUUUGAUCCAUACAUGUUACAGAUCGACAUCAAUAUUUUUUUUAAAUUAUUAAUUAAAAAGAAACAAUAUUUGUGCACACCCCUGAUUUCCUAUACUGCUGUAACUACUCUGUCUGUGGUUUGCUUCCCUCCUCAUGGCAAGAGGGGUCAGCCUGGAAUGGGUUUCCGAAAUUACAUUGUUGUCCAAGAACUGUAUUAGUCAGUCACUGUCAAUGUAAUGAGUCCUAGUCCUUCUUAAGAGUGGGUUUGUAUGGAUGACAUGAAGCCAGCUUUUUUUUUUAUUAAGCCAUUUCUCUCAUGGUCUCAGGAUGUGUAUUUUGGGAUGCAAUGGCAUUGCUACCUCAACUGAUAAAUCAUGGACAUGGUCGUCUCUAAUUUUUCUUAUGGUCUAGGGAUUUGAGGACUCAGUUGACCAGAGUUUUAUUGGCAUGAUUCUCUUUCUCCAAUUAAUAAUUUUGAAUUCAAGGAAUAAGACAAUUCAACAGCAAGACAUGUGAAAAGCAAUGACUGCAGAUGUCAGUGGAACCUAGAUCUACUAAAGGAAUGAACAAUGAUUAGGCUAAUGUGGUGGUUUAAAGGUGUGUCAAAGGAAAAAGUCAGAUUAUUUAUGGGUUGGUUGUAAGCAUUUAGAGGAUGGUUCAGAUACUAAUAGCAUGGGAUUUUCUGAAUAUUACUUAGAAUUUAUAAAAUGGUGUUUGCUAAAGGAAAAUGGAAAAAAAAUACAGUCUGUAGUCAAAUGCAUUCACAUCUAGAUUUGUGGAUGAAAAGCUUUCUUUGUCCCUUUGAGUGGAGAAACCUGAUUGAUUCAGCCAGCGCUAACAUGUUCAAAAGGAACAAUUUCAGCUUGACCUUUUGAAUACGCAGGCUGUGUUCCUCAAGACCUUCACACACACACACACACACACACACACACCAGCACAGUUUUCAUUGGGGCUGUGGUCUGGAAACCUGCUUUGUCCGUCACAAUUCAGGCUGGUUAGUCAGUGAGGUGUAAGGAGUGUUUCAAUUCAAUUAAAUUGUAUUUUAUAUAGCGCCAAAACUAAAUUGUCUCAAGGUGCUAAUAGAACCCAGUGCCUACAUAUUACCAAUCCCUUUCAGUGUAGUUCUGAAUGAGGCGUAUUUGUUCUGCCCCCAAGGUUAAUUCAUUUCUGGCCACUGAACAUAGUAAAAAAGGCACAGCAACAUGACAAUUGAUUCAAACAGAAAAGAGACAGAUUUUUGAGUUGUCAAAUGUGUUGACAUGUGUGAGUCACAGAAGGUACAUUGAAAUGACAAGCGUAACUAUGUCCUAUGACAAGUUUUUGGCAACUACAUGAACUUUGAGUGAAAGUAACUUGGAGUAAGUGAUGUUAAGGGAUAGUCACUCCUCUUGUGUCUAGAUAUGAACAUAAUUAAAGGUUGGUUUAGUGUUUUGAUAUACAGUGUGAACAAUACCAAUCCCCCCCCCCCUUACCAUCAUGACAUGUAAGGUACGCAAUAUCCUGGCACAGGAAGAGCGCUGUGCAGCGGUGAUCAAACGGCUGUGAUUGUGACCGAUCUCACUCCAUGGCACCACAAAGUUAAUUUACUAACAUAAUGGCAAUCUUUUGAUCAAAUAUUUCUUAUGGAUAAAUGAGCUUGUGAACUCUGUCAGGUGUGGCCCCAAUAAAAAUGUUUCUUGUA